GGAUGGACUCUUCUCAUAGUGGAGUCCAAAAAUGUUACAAAACCAUGGACUCCAUGGUAAAGUCCAUGUAAAUAUUGUUAUAUCCUAUUAGCAGUUUAAUUUUCAACUCUGUAUCAAGAUUAAUCGCCGUAUUGUUUGCAUUCAACCGUAUUCACAGGCAAACUUAAUCCAUUUCACCAUUAAUUACACCUUUUCUUGGGAUUUACCUCAUCUUGAUCAGUUUAAAAAUAACUGGCCUUUGACGACCUAAAAAUAGUACUAACAAUAUAAUACUCAACAGCCAAUGUUCAUCUGUUCAUUUUUUUCUAUCAAGGUGUUCAUUUUAGGCUAAUAUUAUUAACCUGCUGCUUCAAUAUAUUUGUGAUACAUGAAAACCAGGAACGAUUCUUUCUUCUUAAUGUGUUUCAAUGUCUUCUAUCUUUUGAUAUUUCAACCAAUUAUCAACUAUAAAUGUGUUUGUAAUCAAAUUUCAAAUUAAAUAUGUUAAAGGAUGAUGCAAAGGUGAACCCAACCAUAGUUCGUUUGAAUGGUAAAACCUGAACCAGGAACCAGAAAAAAUGGAGUAAUUCUUUUCGCUUUUAUAAAUCACCAAAUUCUGUUCUUACCCAAAGCUUCACUUGUAACAACAAAUUUAUUCGUGUCCAAAGAGCAAAGUCACCAAGAAAUAAACAAAACAGUGUUUUAAUCCAUUUUUAUUGUGAUUUCCUCAACAAUUUAUCAUCAACAAUUCUUUUUUCGUGAAAAUUUUUCUUCUUCUGGAUUCUCAUAGCAUAUUAGAUCAAGUUUGUGUGUUCAUCUCAUCUUAUCCAACCCAAUACACAGCUGAAAGCAACGAAACCUAUUCAACAUAAGGUACCAUAUUGAUAGUGUAACAAAGACAACAGAUGACAAAUUGUUGACAAUUUGAAUCAAUUUCAACACUUCAAGGUUUACCUUUUCUCUGAAAAAAGUUUUAAUCAUAUUUUUUGCAACCAAAUCAUCACCUAAGCAAACAUGUGAAAGUACAAGUAGCCAAAAAGACAUGGAGAUUCAUACAUGAUAUUUGGAUCGCCAAUUUGCUGAUUUUCACCAGAAGAAGUCAAAUUAAAUCGCAAACUCAUCACCACUUUAACCAUCACCAGCAUCAUUAUCAUCACCAUAAACAUCACAAUAAACUAAACAACAUAUUCACUUUGAUCAUCAACUGUUGUAAUAUCACAACAGCAGCAUCACCAAAGACUGACAUUAUUACUGUUAUUAUCAUCAUUAUAAUUAUUAUUAUUAUUACAGUUAUUAUAAGUCUAAUAAUAAUAAUUAUCAUCACAAAAAAACUAACAAUAGCAAAACAAGUUUGCAAAGUUUGACUGAAAAACAGUAGCAACAGCCAACCAACCAGCAAGGAAUAGGAAAAACAAGGGAAAAAAUAUCAAGCAAAGAGGAACACAAAAAAGAACCUAAAAGCAUAACAAAAUAUCUGGUAAUAAUGGAAGCCGAUAAAUCAUCCUACGAUUCAAAUUAUUCAGUGAGGAAUCUGAAAAGACAGUGUAUAAUACUGAUAGGUAAACUGAUUCGGACAAAAAGCCCAGAACCGGAGAUAGAAAUCGAAACUCGAAAGUUAAAGAAAUGUUUAACCACUUUGGAUCUUACUUCACUUGGUGUUGGAAGUUGUGUUGGAACUGGAAUGUAUCUGGUAACCGGUAUGGUGGCUCAUAAAUAUGCAGGACCUGGAGUGGCGAUAUCAUUCUUAAUAGCAGCAAUAGCUUCCCUUUUAUCGGGUGUUUGUUAUGCUGAAUUUGGUGUCCGAGUGCCUCAUACCACUGGAUCAGCAUACAUGUAUUCAUAUGUUACGGUGGGUGAAUUCAUUGCAUUCAUCAUCGGUUGGAACAUGAUACUUGAAUAUUUAAUUGGCACAGCUGCCGGUGCUUGUGCCAUCUCAGCUUGCCUCAAUGCCUUAGCCGAUAAAUCGGUCUCCACUGCAACAGCCUCACUAUUUGGCCGUAUCGGUGGUCAUUCACCUGACCUGUUAUCCGCCCUGAUAACCCUAUGUAUGACUGGUAUACUGGUUGCCGGUGUUAAAAAGUCACUUCUCUUCAACAACGUUCUCAAUGUCAUUAAUUUCACUUCAUGGGCCAUCAUAAUGGUUGUCUCAUUGUACUAUAUAUCAUUUAGCAAUUGGUCGCAACACGGAGGUUUCCUACCCAAUGGUUGGUCCGGUGUUUUGUCAGGAGCAGCAACCUGUUUCUAUGCUUUCAUUGGCUUCGAUAUAAUAGCCACCACCGGAGAAGAAGCAGAAAAUCCUAAAUGGUCCAUUCCCACCGCCAUAAUAUCAAGUCUUCUGAUUGCCCUUACAGCCUAUACCACCUCCAGCCUUGUGUUAACCCUUAUGGUUCCUUGGGAACAGAUUAAUGUUGACUCAGCGCUAGUUGAAAUGUUUAACUCGGUUGGAGCUUACCAUUGGAAAGAUUUGGUGGCAAUUGGUGCUCUAGCAGGACUCACUGUCUCCAUGUUGGGCUCCAUGUUUCCAAUGCCUAGAGUAGUCUAUGCUAUGGCCAAAGAUGGCCUAAUAUUUCGUAGGUUUUCCUCUGUUUGGCAGCCCACUGGAACCCCAAUGAUUGCCACUGUUUUUUUCGGCAUCUGUACAGCAUUUGCAUCGCUUCUAAUUUCCCUUGAAGUUCUCGUUGAAAUGAUGUCCAUUGGUACUCUCAUGGCUUACACUCUUGUCUCCACUUGUGUUUUGCUUCUUCGUUACCAACCUAAUCGAGCUAACCUUGUUGACCUGUUACCCGAAUCCAUCAGAUCAGCAUGUCAUACUCCAUCUCGUGAAGCCUCCUUUCCUCCAGGUCCACCAACAAUGGGCCCAAUAAUGUCUACCACACCAACAUUUACACCCUUUGUAACCCGAGAAGAGCAGCGAGUUCACACAAAGCGAACCAAUCGUUAUGAUUCAAGUGAAUCCGAUGAUACAGAUCCAAAUUGCUUCCGACAAGAAAGUAAAGAUGAUGAAUUUUUGGUUCCAGGAACAGCGGGUUAUCAUUAUGGAUCAGUUCCUUAUCAACAUGGUGGAAGUAGUGGUAAAAGGUCAAGUAUAUUGGAGUAUUACGAGAAAAUUUGUGUCUACCUUUUUCCGUAUGGUUGGAAGGUUAAUGGACCUGCAACCGAUGAAACUGGACUUUUGGUUAUCAAAUUGGUCGGUUUGUUGUACAUAGUAACGAUUGUAUUUGAUAUUAUUCUGGCUUGGUUCAGUGAUUCACUAGAUUCUGGUAAUCACAUUGCUCUUGGCCUCUUUAUAUCCAGUCUUGUGGCAAUUGUUGCCUGUAUUUUUGCCAUUGCCAGACAACCUCAGAUCAGAUGCGAUUUGAAAUUCAAAGCUCCUGGAGUCCCUUUUGUGCCUGCUUUAGCCAUCGUAAUUAACAUUUACCUGAUCUUUAGGCUUUCAAUAUUGACAUUAGUUAGAUUUGCAAUUUGGAUGACUCUAGGUUUCAUUAUGUAUUUUGGAUAUGGUAUCAAGAACAGCUCACUGGAACAACCUUACGCUCAAGAUGAUAAUUUACGAUCGACGAGUGGUUUGAAUCCUAAUGAUGUUAAUCCAGAUCAACAGAUAGAGUUAACUAUACCAAAGGAUAGGCUGAAGCAAAGCUAUAAACCUGAAAAUUUAAGCAAAUCUGGUAACUCUGGUAAUAACAAUAACAAUAGAGUUAAAACUAAAUUGAAUGGAGGAACUGAAAUACCGAGGUCAAAAUGGCAAACAUUCGACUAAUUGAUGUUGAAUGUACUAAAGAUAAGCACAAUGAAGAACUUAUUACCAAGAUUAAGCAGAUCUGAAUUACGAAGAAAGCUCAAACAAGAUUGUGGCAUUAUAGACCUUCAUACGAACCUUGUAAUACGAUUUUUCAAAAUCAUCGUAACCAUCAUUGUCUUCACAAUUAACUUUGUUAAAAAUACUCUAUUCUACUGCUAAUGAAAAAGAAACCUAACCAAAAAGAAAUCAAAGUGAAUAAAAAAAAAGUGAAACAAACAAGAAGCCGAUUGUGAGCCCAGAAAAUAUCAAAUCAAAGAAAAGUAUCAUUUCAAAGAACUAUAAAGAACCUAAAACGAUAAUAUGAAAUGUGGUGAAAUGACUCCCUUGACUGAACCAAAGGAUUGGAAAAAAUCGAAGAAACGUGAAAUAUAUUGUCGUAAAGAAAAGAAGGAGAAAUAAUACAAAUUGAAAUAUAAAAUAAACCAAUGAACUGGAUAAAGCAAAUGUCAUUCUUUUUUAGGAACCAGGCGACCAACUCGGCAAAUAAUAAUAUUAAUGAUAAACAAUUAAUAAUCAUAAUAACAUCGACGACAAUAAUGGUGAUGAUGAAGUCGAAAGAAUCAACAAAUUAUUUAAAUCCAUCGGGACAAACUGAUCAAAGCCAUAUUUUAACUGUGUGAUAAAUUUGUGUUUGUUUUCUUUUAAUAUACAUUAAUUUGAUUGUUUGUUUGAUUGAAAUUAUCUUUUUUCACUCACCUCCUUCCUCUUUGUGUAAUAAUAUCAACAACAAAAGUGAAACAAACCGAUGACACUUAAACAAUGUGCGUGAUUGCCUGCCUCUCAUCAUAUUUUUAAAUGCAUCUUUUUGAAACAAAUGUUGAUAGUGAUGAUGGUGAUGAUAAAUGACGAAAUGACACUGAAUGAUGAUACGGAUCAAAUAUAUAAACCUAAAUAUAUAAAUAGAUUAAUAGCUGCGUGGUUAAUGAUGAAAUGAAAGAUUUACUCAUCAACAUUAUCAACAUGAUGAUCAUGAUCACUGACUUAAUUUGAAUGCAAUCGAUUUUAUCUUCUCUAAUAACCGUAAACUCUUGUUUAUUUCUUGAUCCCUAUUUUGUCUUUAACAUUAUCAUCAUCAUUCUCAUAAUCUCAAUUGUUCAUAUCAUUUGAAAGAUCAUCAUCAUGAGUAAACAAAAAUGCGUAUUAUCAUUAUUAUUAGUAGACCUAAAGAAAUGUAUUAUUCAACUAAUGAGUUUGUGGUUUGAUGAAACAAAAAAAUAAUGUUUUCGCCAUUGAUAUUUAUCUUCACUUUUCAUCAUCCUUUCCCAUGUAACCGAUUGUAUCAUUUUUUUUCUUUCAAAAGUUCAUCUUCAUUCCUUUACCAUCAUUUACAUUCCUAUUUUUGAUUCUUAUUCAUCUUUCUUCUCAUGGUUGCUUGAAUAUUCCCGAUAUUUUGUGAAUCCGUACAUGAUGAUGGUGGUCAAAGAAGCAGAAGAGGAAGAAGAAGAAGAAGAAGAAAUUUCAUAAACAGAUCAACGAACAAAACAUAUUAUUCUUUCUAUUUGUUCUUUACCCUGAUUCUCAUCCUUUAUUCCUAUCCUUUGCUACUUUCACCUUCUUCGUCUUUCCAUCAACAAUACGAAGAUAAAUUAAGAAAUUGACAACAUUUUCAUUGUCAGGUUUUCUGCACGAUCAGACACCAACUUCAACUUGAUGUAAAUCUGCAAACUUGGUUUUUCUCGUUUCUUAGUGAACCUUGAAUACCGAAUUACCAUGUCUAAUGUGUUCCUUAAUGAACCAAUUGAACUUAAUUUUUCCCUUAUUAAGUCAAAUUCCCUAAUGAAUGUAAUUCCUUAUUGAUUUGUGCCAAUGAUUAUCAUUGUUCAACAAAUACUUUUAUUCCAAUGUAAAUGUUCAUUUGUUUUUUGUUUUUUAUCCCCAAUCUGUUUAAUCCUUUACAUUUUGAUUGUUAAACCUUUUCAAUUUUCUGUUAAUUACUAAGGAACAAUUUGGGUAAAUCAAGUUGAUUAUUGUUGGUUAUUGUGUUCGAUUGCUGCAAAUGAAAAUAUAUUAUACUAUGGGUUGUGUUACUUGUACAUGUAAAUAUUAUAUUGACAAAAAAUGUUAUACACAAAAUUUAUUGUAAUCAAUUCAUCUGUAAACUUAAAUUAUUAACCUUCUUGAUGAUGAACAAGCAUUUGAUUAUCGAAUUAAGGUUUGUUUCCAGAAACACAAUUUAAUCCCAAUGAAGAUGGCAAAUUGUCUUCAAUUUUUCUCUGUUUUCAUUUGGAUCCUCUUUUUAAUCAAACAAUUUUUUGUCCUAAUUGUGUUAUUAAAGUGAAACUUUAAGUUGUGAUCAACUGCCAGUCAUUAAUUUCAAUGUUUUUUUGGUGUUUAAAAUUGAUAUACUUUAAGGAUUCAACACACAAGAGUUUAAUAGUAAAACACUGUUUGAUUAAUGAAUUGAGAAACUUGAAGUAAACUAACAAAACAAUUAAGGUUACCUAAACCUGGUAAUGACUGGAUUGUUGAUUGUGAUGUUUCUCUGCUCUUUAAUUUUCUUUCAAAUAAUAUUACAUUUAUAUUUGUAGUAUAAAACUUGUAUUACUACUAAAGACUUGAAAUAAACCUAUUGAUUACACCAA